CGAGAGGGAGAAGCGCUUAGAGAGCCAAAAUCCACAUUAAAAGGAGUGAGGCUAAAUCGAGGCCAAGGAGAAUUAAUCAAGAAAACCUGUCUUAAAGAGAAAAAACUGUCAGCCAUCAUCUCACCACCACUUUGCUUUUGUCUUUGAAACUGAAAGGCAAGCGAGCAAGCUUCUGGCCUCCCAAAUGCAUGAUGAGGGCUCGGGUCGUCCCCGUCAAAUAUGCACGAGCUGGGCUACGCAUUCUUCCUCAGGGCACAUGAGCGCCUCCCCCUUCGAUCGAUCCACCUCGUUGCUGAAGAAGAAAAGGACGAUCACCUCCCCUAGGCGACACAAUAUGUUGAAUAAAGAACCUCCAGACGGGCGGAAAAUUCAUCCGGAUUGCAGUACGUGUAUUCCCUUCCACCCAUUCAAUGAGCCAUUGCCCAUGAUGCCCAGAUGCAAUUCGUCAUUUGAUCCUCGUUCUUCACCCAGCACUUCCAUUGUGACAAUUCCAAAAUAUGGUUGCGAUCAUUUCCAAACUCUUUGGAUCUUGCAGGCCUCGAAGAUAGGGAGUCUCGGAUUUCGGAACAUGCAAUUGUUGACGGCACUCGAAUUGGUCUCAUCGGAUAUUCGCUGUGGACCUCCAGGGAGCUUCUCCGAGAUCAAUUCCACUUGGGGCCCAUGGUAGGUUGAGCUACCACUCGAGAUGCUCUUCCCCUCCCGCAUAGACGCCCGCCGCUCCGACCACUCCAGUAGAGGCAAAAAGGGGGUGAAAAGAUCAAGGAAAAGACUAUGCUCACCUCCCAAAGGAUCACAACCAAAAUAUAAUCAUGUACAGAAAGCGUCGAAGAAAAGAACAAAGAACCCUUGGUGUUGCUCUUCUAACCGGCAGGAGCUGAAUCAGGGGAAUCUAACCGUCGAUGGCACGG